UCAUGUAAUCGUGUAGAUGGGUGUAGAUAGGUGUAAAUGGUGUAAAUCGUUGAGUCAGAAUCGAAUUGUUUCUUGGAAGGUUUGUUUAGUCAGUGAGAUCAAUACAUUAAUUUUAAUAUUGUAAUAAUAGUUGAGUAUUGUUUCAUUUUAUAUUUGCUCUGAAAUGGAGACUGGAAAUGUGUGUUGUGAAUCUUUUGCCUGAAAUUCGGCUGCCAUUUUAGUUUUGUUUUCAACUUAUUAGUAGCGUUAGCGUCAAGAUUUUUAUACUGUGCCAACUUGCUAAUAAUGUUUUUGGUUUAGAACUUUGAAUUUGAAGUGUAUUCAUUUACGUGUUUCACGCGUAGGCUGCAUCGUCAGGAUAGGCCUACCUUCGGGCGUGUGCUCUUUUGAAGUCUUGUCAAUUUCAGAGUUACCAGCUGCAAUGAAGUGUCUUUGUCCAGUGAUCGUGUUGGCUCUUUGUACAUUUGUUUCAUCUCAGAGGACACCAACUAUUUCAUAUAUCUCGCAGGAACAGAUAAAAGACAUAGGAGGAACAGUAGAGUUGGAAUGUUCUGUCCAGUAUGCACAGGACUAUCCUGUCCUGUGGAUGAGGAUUGAUCGUAGCAGACAGUCUGAUGGACUGCCAAUAUCCACCGGAAGUUCACUAAUUAUCAGAGACAGUCGUUUUUCUCUGAGGUAUGAUACAGCUAGCUCAACGUAUACUUUGCAGAUAAAGGAUAUCCAAGAAACAGAUGCUGGCUACUAUCAGUGUCAAGUCCUGAUCUCUCUCAACAACAGAAUAUCUGCAGAAGUUGAUUUACAAGUGCGACGUCCUCCCAUAAUUUCUGAUAACUCAACACGGUCACUUGUAGUUAGUGAGGGGCAGGGAGUAAAGCUGGAGUGUUACGCUGGUGGUUAUCCUCCCCCCAGAAUUUCAUGGCGAAGGGAGAACAAUGCCAUUCUGCCCACAGGUGGAUCAAUUUACAGAGGGAAUAUUUUGAAGAUAUCAAGGAUUCACAAAGAGGACAGAGGGACUUACUACUGUGUGGCUGAGAAUGGUGUGGGCAAAGGUGCAAGAAGAAACAUUGCUGUUGAAGUUGAGUUUGCUCCAGUGAUUUCAGCUCCACGCCCAAGGCUUGGACAGGCACUUCAGUAUGACAUGGAUCUGGAGUGUCAUGUUGAAGCAUACCCACCUCCUGCUAUUGUAUGGAUUAAGGAUGAUGUUCAGCUGUCAAAUAAUCAGCACUACAGUAUAUCCCAUUUUGCCACUGCUGAUGAGUUUACUGAUACAACAAUACGUAUCAUAACAAUUGAGAAGCGACAGUAUGGUCAGUACGUGUGCAAAGCUGCAAACAAAUUGGGAACUGCAGAAGCAAGGGUCGAACUAUUUGAGUCGAUAAUCCCAGUGUGCCCACCGGCUUGCGGUCAGUCCCGGACCAGUGAUGCUACUCAGGUUUCAGGAAGCAUGGCCCCUAUUCUCAUCAUUGCUCUCAUAUUUUUCCUGCAUCGAAAUUUCUACACCAAAUAUUAAUUACCCAGGACUAAUAUGGGACAGCUCAGGAGGGACUGUAAGUCAUGAGUAUGGACUCAUUUUUAUAACGUUAGCAGCUAGACUAGCAUCACUAGUGUAUUGUGGAAGGUGUUUAGUGCACUGAAUAUAAACAGUGUAUACAUCAUGUACAUUUGUGAGAUCUGAUAGUUUUGUUAUUAUUAUUGUUUGCAACUAUGGUUGCAGAUCUUUGGCCUAGGUAUUGAUUCAGUUCUUUCUGUAUAAGAAUUAAUUUAAAUUUUAUACAUUGAGUAGGUUUCAGUAAGAGUUCAGUCAGUAUAGUGACUAGGCUGAAUGCUGGAUGGCUGCAGAAUCAGUUUUAUUCCUGGCAGGGGCAAGAGGUUUUUCUCUGCAGUGUCCAUAUUGGCUCAGGUCCAUCCAGCCCUCUAUCAAGUGAAUACUGUGAGCUCUUUUCCUGGAGUAAAUCUGCUGGGCCAUGAAGCUGGUCACACCUUUAUCUGUAGCCAAGGUUAAGAAUGUCUGGAGCUGUACCUCCACUUUUAUUCAUGGUUGUGGUGAAUUUGUAAACUGUUUAAAAGAAUCACUUUCAGAACACCCAACACAUGACUAAUGUAAUUGUUAGUGAUGGAAGAUGUAAAGUUUUUUUUUUAUAUCACUGAACUGGCCUGAAAUGAAAUUAAUAUACUUCACAGAUUUAGAAAUUCUUACAAAACGUAUUUUAAUUAAUGGUUUUAUUACAGGGAUGAUGAUGAUAAACAAAUGUCAUUUUAUAUUUUUAUGAACACAUAAUGAAAUAUUUGUAAAUUUUUAUACUGAUAUCAUUCAUUGUACAAGUAAUUGACAUUAUGUAUAGAUAACAGAUGAGUAGAUAAUGUGCUACAUUAAGCAGCUACUUGUUGUUGAUGUACUGAUAAGGAGUGCUGUGGAAGUGGCAAAAUUAUGAAACUCC